AUGGUGGUCGACGUAGAUGCCGCUAGGGCGAAAAUUCCCGCCGACCCGACCAUCCCCCUACCGCCAGGGACGAAAGGGGCUCCCGAACCCGAGCCGGACCGGUACUCGCCGCGUUUGGACACGGAGCAGCCGCCGCCAAUUGGACCAUUUCCAGAAAACGACUACAUGUAUCUGACCGUAGAGGACUUGUUGGCAGCCGACGAGAAAGAUGACGCCUUCCUGCAAAACAUUCAGCGCGACGAUUUUGCGGAAGCCGCCUUCGACAUCAACAAAGAGCUCGCCAAGAAGAACAGAUUGCUGAGGAUGAUGUGGGGUUUCCGACAUCUGGACACGCUGGAGGCGAGAACGACCCGGAUUCAGUACCUGCGGGCGCUGCUCGACUUCAGGAGAUGGUGCUGCGCGAACCUUCCAAGACAGCAAACCGCCAGAGUCAAGGGGGACGGCGUGCUAGAACACGAGAACGAGAUAGGGAGGUACAUCGACGAAGACAUGGGUGAUCAGUGGCACACCGCCAAGGGCGACCUACAAUGGAUGCACGGUCCCCGCGUCAACGCCACGCGGAUCAGGGCGUACAUUCUGUCAAUCGCGAGGCAGGAAGGUAUUGCAAAGGCCGAGAAGCUCGAGGAGCUGAAUCCCGACGUCCGUGUCCAGCCCCUGAAGCCGACAACCGUUUCGAUGCUGCUCAUCCGCAUCAAAGCGCUCCAGACAGCCUGCAAGGUCGAGGGGACGCUCUUCGGGGUGAAGGAGCUCCACAUCAUGUACGACAUCUCCGAGGUCCGCUCGGAGGUGCGCGCGAUGGUCAGAGAGAAGUGGCACAGGGACAACAGGGAUUGCGUCGACCGGCACCGCGGAACGCUCGGCGACACGUACACCACCGACCAGAUCCGCCACCUCAUGUUCAAGGUCUUGCCGACCUGGGUAGCUCGGCCGUACGAACCCAAGGCGGCCACCCCCUCCCAGACACUGUGGAAGUUUCUGCUGAUGAAGACAAUGACCCUCUUGGGUCACCACACCCUUCUCCGUGGAGGCAGUCUCCGAGCGAUCGAGCUCCCCGACCUGUUUUUGUACAGAAUGGGGAACGCGUCGCCCGAGCACUCCACGCGACGGCCGGUUGUCAUGGUCGCCGCGUCACGAAACUCCAAGACGAACAAGGAUGCUCGUCUGCAUCACAGCUACGCGGCGAGACACUUGGAGCAAGAGAUGUGCGCCGACGGUCACACACUGUUGUGGCUGCACUUCGUGUACGACCAGCUGAACCGCUCGCCCAUCUCUCGAUGUGUGCCGCCCCUCGACUUCACAACUCCGUACAGCUGGUAUCACAAGCACCUCUUUCAUGCUCGGAACGACAAGGUACAAAAAGAGUUGCCGGCUUCAUCUCAUUCUCGGAUCACGAAAGAGAUGUGGCGGACGAACAAGAUCUUCAUCACGCGCAACACCCACGCCGCCCGGGCGGGUGGGGCACAGGAGCUGGCCGACGACGGCGUUCCGCGAUCUGACAUCGCCGACUUGGGCCACUGGGCGCUCGACAAGCUUGUGAAGAGCUACAUCACGACCAUCCCGAAGGCGGCGGUGUUGAGAAAGGCCGGCUACACGGGCAAGCGCGGCGACUACCACCUCGGCCGGAGCAUGGUGAAGCCCGACGACAAGGUGGUGGCCCUCAUCGCCCAGCACAUCUUUCCGUGGGCGGAAGCGGAACUGGCCAAGGUGAGCAUUUCGGACGGCAAAAACGCCGACAACCCGCCGACCAUUUCCACGACGACAUUCUACCGACGGCUGAUUGUGUUUGUGUUUGUGUUCGACUCGCAGGCGGUAAGCGCGCGAGUUGACGCCGAAUAUCAGGUCGACCAGCUCACCAUGAUGCUGCACCGCCAGAGGGAGGAUGCCGCGAUCGAGAAGCUUGAAAUGCAGAAGAAGUUGGAGGAGAAGGAGGCGGAGAUCGCGAAGUUGAUGCAGGCUCUCAAGCUGGCUGAGGCACGGCCGACGCCGACUGCGCCGGCACCGUCAAGGCCGAUGACCGCCGCCGAGAAGGCAGCGUCCGUCAAGACCGAGAAGGAACAGAACGAUGACCUGACGUACGAGGUCAACGUCGUGCAUCCCUGGCGCACAUCCAAGACGGUCGAGGCUGCAUGGCGCUGGUGGAACAACCCGUCCAACUUCGACUCGCGUCCGUUGCGCGAACGUUACGACGAGCACAGAUUCCUCGUCAGACACACGCGCAUGAUCUGCAAGCACUGCGCUCGCCGGAUGAGGCGGAUCAUGGAAGCGGUGCACGACUUGCGGCGGAGCGACGACGCCGCUGACACCGCCGCCGUCAUCAAGCUACUCGACCACCUGGGGCGAACGGGGCUUUCCACUUUCAGCGACGCGCUCUUGGUCCUUCGUGCAGCCCCGCCCAUCAAGGUCCCCACCACAGCCGACGGAAAGUCGGUCGGCAUCAAGGGUCUGGACAAGCCGCUGGCGAGGAAGCUCGCCGUUGCGUGGGGCGUGGUCACGGCGGGCUACAUGGACGCUGACUGGGGAAAGAGGCUCUUCGGCGACUUGUGGGAUGAGCAGGCCAAUAAGGCCGGCUUGGAGGCCGAGGCGACGACGGGAGCCAUUGGCGCAGGGAAGCGCAAGAGGGCGGGUUGA